AUAAUACUGUCAUUUAAAAUUGGUGUCGUUGUCAUUAAAUGUUGAUGUUAUUUUCACUCUUGAAUCGGACUCUUAGAGAGAAAGACGUGAAGUUUAAAAACGUCGUUUUCUUUUUGUUCCUUUAAAUUUUGAAGAAAUAUACUAUACAUUAUGGCACCUAAACAAAGAAUGCGUAUUGCAAACGAAAAAGCCAUGAAGAAUGUCACUUUAAGAGGAAAUGUGCCCAAAACAUCUAAACCAAACCAAGAUGGGCCAACUGUGGGACCAUGGCUUUUGGCACUCUUUGUAUUUGUUGUAUGCGGAUCAGCUGUUUUUCAAAUAAUUCAAUCUAUUCGCUUGGCUUAAAAAUAAGUGUAUAUUAACCAAUUUCAUCAUAAAAUUAUCUAAUUGGGGCUUUAAUAUAAUUUUUUUUCAACUUAUUACCAUGCCGUUUUUUUUUAUAAAAAAGUAUGUGUAUAUAUUUGUUGUAAUGUCAUUAGAUUUUACAAAUAUUCAGUUAUAUGCACUUGAAAAUUUAAUUGUAAACUUUUUAAACAUUUUACCAUUCCAAUGUCAUCAUUUGCAUUUAUGUAACUGAAUCUAUUUUUUGAAUAUAAUGUAAUUUUUGAAA